AUGACAACAUUGCAACUCCCGCAGAUCUUAGCGAAGAAAGACGAUGAAUACAAACUGACUGUGAAGUAUGGUCAGACUGAGAGGCAGUUGUCCUUCAAGGUGAAAGUUCGGCGAGAGGACCCGGCAAGGCUGAAGCUUGAAGUAGAAGGAAACAAGCCCAUCGUAGUGGGAGAGCCCUUCACUCUCCUCGGUACCGUCUGCGAUCGCAACGGGAAUCAGUUCGACAACCUGAGGCAGUUUGAGUUCGAUUUCCAAACAUCUCGACUCAAGUUCGAGACAGACGCCCGGCAGGAGAUCGAGGUCAAGUUUUGGAACAACAAUCUUGAAGAGAUCCUCGACGGAGGUCAAGGCAACUUUGCCUUGCACAAUUCUCAUUUCGUGCUGAAGAACGUCGUCAUCGAAUGCAAAGCAACCACGGGCAAGCUGAUGAUGGAGAUGACAAUCAGGCCGGCCUCUCGAAGUGACAAGUGCUUUCUCCUUCGAGCUCUAGAGCACAACGUCGAUCUCAAGGUUGGAAAGCCAUAUUCCAUCGUCGUGGACAAGGACUACCAUACCUCCGACCUGUUUCCACUAGAAAUCCCCUACAACGCUGAAUACGCUUGUGACAUCCGUUUCAAACUGAUAGACAGACUACAGAACAACCUGUCUGACGCCUGGGAUACAGUUGUCAAGGCAAACAUCGGGAAACGAGAACUCCCAGCCUUGGAGAAAUGGAGAGAGGAAGGAAGAGAGGUAGCAUUCAGACUGACGCACCUUCCUCCCUUGCCCAAAGGCAAACACAACAUGACGGUACAAGUCGAGUCGAUGAAUGUCAAGAUUUUGAAACCUCUUGAGUUGCGCGUCAUCGCUGUUGCUGGCAACACAGUCAAGCAACUUGAGUUGCAAGUUGAUGAAAGAACGCAGAAGCUUGCAAAACGUGAGUCAGGAAAGCUCGACGCUGAGUUCACUGCUCGGAUAAUUUUCCACACGGAGGACGGGAAGCCUUUGAAAGACCCCAACUCCGAAAUUCCGGACGUGAAACUCUGCAUGUUCGGCUCUCGGAGGAAGGAGGAGGUGGCGACUACCUUCGGGAAGUUCGAUGGCAAGCAGCUCGAGUGCAAGUUCUUCCUGGACAAGGUGGGGUGGAUGGAUGUGAAGGCGGAGUUCAAGGAUAGCAGACCCUGCAACUCGUCAACCGAGCAACACCAGUCGAACAAAUUGAAGCUCAAAGUUGAACCAGGUCCAGUGGCUUCGUUCAGCAUCACGGAAAUCAAACUUGUGGGCGGGGACAGGAGCAAUGAGUUCACCUUCAAUGCCCAGGCAGUCGACGGGAAUGGCAACCUGACAUCAUUCCAUGAUGGUGCUGACUGGAAGAUGACCAUCACCUUGAGCGUAUUGGAAGAGGAAUACUUCGCGAUUGAGGCAGACCCCAUCCAACUCUCUUCCUCCUCCUCCAGAUUGCGGUCAAGGUUCAAGCUCAUCCCAGUUGGAGAGCCGGAGGGAGGCCACCCAUUGCUAUGCAAUGUCAACUUCAACGCCGAGAGCAACUUCGAUCUUGCUAUGACGACUUGCGGCAAGCCGGUCAACUUGUACUUCAACGACACGGCAACAGACAGCGACAUGCCUGAUGUGGACGCUGGAGUCGCGCAGGAAGAAGAGGAGGCAAGGAACAGAGAGAAAGAGAUCUCAGAGAGUGAGAACGAGAUCGCCAGCUGCAAGCACAAGAUUGCUGGUUGCUUGCAGAAGAUGCCUCUCAACAGCUUCUUGUCUAAUCGAAUCCAGGAAUUCUCCCGCAAGUUGAACAACAUGGAGGACGUAAAUCAACGCGUCAGCUUGUGUGAGGAGUGGAUCUCAGUCGCACAAGGCUGCAUGCAACACAACGAGGAGGAGACGAGUCGCAUCAACAGGACAGUCUUUCCCUCCUGCAAGCACGAGGCAAACGUUCCUCGCGAGAGCAGCAGCAACUGUCUUGGCUGUGUUGCCUCCCUCUUUCUCAUCGAUGACAGGCGAGCGUUGGAGCUUCAGACCGCCAUGUCGACAGCCUUCGGCUUCGAGCUCUCCACCCUCGUCUUCGCUUCCAGGAGCCGCAUGAACGACUUCCUUGACAAGGUUGCGCGCCGACCCAACGACGUCACCAUGCGCGCCCUGUGCCUGGAGGGGCUCAAUGAAGAGGGGCUUGAAGCACAGGAGGUCCCGGGAGCCCUGGGGAGGGCGAGCAAGUUCGUGCGGCCGACGGCAGAGGUGGCGGGUCUGAGCAGUCUUGCUCGUCGUUUCUUCGACAGGCUCGUGGUGUUUGACGAGCAAGAGAAGGCCUCCAGCUAUCGUGCUGCUAGAGGCGAGCUGGCUGUGGGACUUGACGCGCCCAAUGACGUGCUGACGUGGGAUGGGACGAGAAUCAUCGGAAGGCGAGUGGAUGACACGACAAGAAACGUGCUGGGAGUCGCGAACGACUGGAGAUCGAGGACGCAGCAGGCGCUCAAGCACGAGUACAAGGCAGCGGAGUCGAUGGAGAAUCUGCUGCAGGAGAUCAAAGGACACUGCACCAAGAUUGUGCAGGAGGAAAAGAAGAUAAGAGAUCUUAAGUCUCUUCAAAAUCUCUCGACGUCUAUUUCUGUGGGUGAUGAAAAUGGCUGCAAAAAUACGCCAAAGAGAGAUGCUCGCCAUAUGGUCGAGAGGGAAGGGGAGAAGAAGAGGAAGCAGAAGAAGGGGAAGGAGAAGGAGGAGAAGGAGGAGGAGAAGGAGGAGGAGAAGGAGAAGAAGAAGAAGGAGAAGGAGGAGGAGAAGGAGGGGAAGGAGAAGAAGAAGCAAAAGGAGAAGGAGGAAAAGGAGGAGAAGGAGGAAAAGGAGGAAAAGGAGGAAAAGGAGGAGAAGAAGAAGAAGGAAAAGGAAAAGGAAAAGGAGCAGGAGGGGGAGGAGGAGGGGGAGGAGGAGCAGGAGCAGGAGCAGGAGCAGAAGGAGCGGGAGCAGGAGCAGGAGCAGGAGCAGGAGCAGGAGCAGGAGCAGGAGCAGUCGGCCUCUCUGUUGAACCACAAGGCUCUGAGUUCUUCUCCUGCUCCUAACCAUGUCGCUCUUGGUCCUGCCGUAAAAGUCAACGGGCCAGAACCUCUCGAAGCCGCACACAAUGGCGAGCCUGAGGAGGAGGCGCCAAGACUGAGGGUGGCGAGGAGAGAGACUGUGCAAGGGAACGUGAGAGCCAUCGACUUCACUAGCGUGGAGGUGAAGAGAGGGAGAGCUGAGGAGGAGGAAGCGAACAGAGCGCCAGCAUCGCGAGGGGAAGAGACAGUCAUGGAGGACCAGCUGGAGCUUGUGGCGAUGUCGCUGAGAGGCGAUCAGGACGAGGCAGAGGGCGUGCGCAAGGGGCUGCUGAUGCUUCAGCAAUUCCCUGAGGAGAAAACUUCCCCUGGAUCAAGUGACGAAUCGAAAGCGUCCGAGUCGGAGGAUCUGCCCGCCUGCCCCUCCGACUUUGUCGCUCGGGUCUGUCAGCUUCUUUCUCUGCUGCUGCUGACCGCUGUCAAGCUCGCCAUGCUCGAGAGCUGCGUGCUCCCGGCCCAGACGUGGAUCUUCGGCUCUGAGAUGAAGGCGAGAUGUGUUGAGACGUGGAAGGCGCACAACAAAGGUCAGCUCUCGAUAUCCAAGGACGAAGUCUUGGACGUCUCCUUUCACGAUUUCAAAUCUCAAGGGAUGGAUUGGAUCUUCGGGGUGAAGAUAGGAAAUCAUGAGACAAGAACGAUGAGGUUCCCAGGAGAUCUCUCCCUCCUGCGAAAGAGCUGCGGCUACUUUCCUUUUAGGAAUGUUCAUCUCUUCAAUGCCAGAGAUCCAAAUUUCUCAUUGCCAGAUGUUCCCCUCUGGCGGGAGCAGACAGCGCACGGCAAGGAGAAUUCGCUCGACGCUAUCUUCCAGCAGCUCGGAGCCUCCUCGACGGACAUGGGUGGGGGAGAGGUGGAGCAACACAACCUGAGCAACAUCUGGGACGACUCUGGGCAUGACCCGGACUCCUCCCUCCCCGUCAUCACCCCAACGACCGAUCGCUCCGAGUCCACCAAUACGACCACAACCCUCUCAGAGUUCUUCAGCAACAUCCAUAGCAGAACCCCCAGCAGCCCAGCCCUUCCCGAUGCUCCUCUGCUCCCUCCUCGUGCCAAGUCUCCCUUCACUGACAAGCCGCAAACAGACUCGCAUCCUCGUCCCAAGGAUGCGAGGGCUGACGUCUCUUCCUCGCAGUCGCUUCUUGCCCACGAGCCGCAGGGUCAGGAAGGAGGAGAAGCGCCUCGUACCAUCAUCGUGCUGAGGAACGAGGGGCAGGCGACAGAGAGAGUCGGUCUCGGUAUCUCCAUUUCCAAGCCUCAGCCCAACGGCCCUGCUCACGUCGUCUCCGUCCAUCCUCAGGAGGCAGCGGGCAAGAGCGGCCUGCUGCAGGUCGGCGACUUGAUCCACGCGGUCGACGGGAUGAGCACGUGGGACCUUGCUGUCCACGUCAUCGAUGCUCUGCUGGUCGGGAACCCGCGGAGCAUGGUGGCGCUUGCAGUGACACGAGGAGACGAGCAAGAAAGCGGAACCGAAGCAGCGCAGGGCGACGCUGAGCGAGCGAGACUGAAACAGCAAGUGAUACAGCACAUGUUGGACUCAAACCUGAUCAGCAUGCACCACUUGCUGCUAUCAGGCGAGUUCGAGGUGAAUCAGGUCAUCGAGCACGAGCAAGGAAAGACAGCUCUCCACAUGGCUGUUGAGAACGACCAAGUCGAGUUCGUCGACCUGUUGCUCAAGCACCGAGCUGAUCCUUCCUUGCAAACUAGCAGCAAGCAAACCGCUAUGACGAUGGCAGAAGCCCUUCACUCUCCUGCCAUCAAGCUCCUCCUGGAAGCCUAUGAGGCUGAUCGCAGACAAACCUUGCAGGCGCAGGAGGAUGCCGCUAGGAGGAGCGUGAUGGGGGCAACUGGCGGGACGUCGGACGAUGCUCCACCUAGAGGAUUCUUCCGAUGCCUCCCCUGCCUCGGAGGUUCAUCCUGCUUCGUCCGCACCCUCGAUAAUGCGCCAUGA